UGACAAAUCUUGUUCUUAAUCUCUAGUUGCAGUACGCGGUGAUGGCGGAUGCAGAGACUUCCCGCCUGUGUGUUCAGAUUGUCCGGUCACACUUUGGUCCAUUGACGGCGAAUGUUGCAUCUGCGCUACUGACACGGGGAAGACUUUCCCUUCCCCAGCUCAUUCGUUACACGAAGAUUAAACCGCGCACAGUUCGUGCAGCAAUCUUGGUUAUGGUACAACAGAAUAUUUUAUGGCAUUCCAACACCGAGGAGGAGGGCGACAUGCUCGAGUUUAAUACUCUAGAGUGUCUUAUGCGUCUUAGAUUUGGUCGCUUCGUGUGGCAGGCGGAGCAAUUGUUUGGGCCUUCUGGUGCAGAAAUUGUGCAGCUAAUACUAGACCACGGCAAACUUCAGUCGCCAGACAUCAUUUCACGGUUGUCAAUUUACAACCCAAAAAGUUCAAGCCUAUAUACUCAAACAUUGUACAAGCUUAUAUCCGGCGCAUAUCUCAAGCCGUCCACAUUACUCUCGCAUCACUCACCCAGGGACAAACGUAUCAAAUACGAAGCAGAGGAGAAAGCUAAAAUAACGGGUUUCCCAACAGCGAAAGAGUUGCGAGAGGCGCAAGAGACUGCGGAAGCGCGGCUCAAACGGGAGGAAGAAGAAGCGGAGAGUGUAGGCUUGAAGCGGAAGCCGAAAGAUUUGAUCAGCCAUCGGUCGACCAAGCGAAAAGCAACAGAAGAAGACAUGGUUGACGAUGAGGUCUACUUUCGGGUGAAUUUUGACAAAUUCAAUACCUACAUACGUAACAAGGUCAGUCCCACGAAUACCCGUUGCUUGUUCUUUUCUUGGCUCUAUUCUGAUGUGAUUUGCCAGCUCAUCGAGAUGGCUGCAGGAGAGCGUUUUAAUCGAAGUGCUGCUCUUGUCAUGCGAGCUACGCUAAAAGCGACUGAAGCCAGACAAAAGAGUGUAUCCGAUGCGAGAUCAGAUCCUACAUCAACCGCUGCGAUUGCCAUGCUUAUUUCCGAUGACGACGACCUUUCAACAGGUCUUGUCACGUCAACAAAAAAAGCGUCUAGUGCCUCACUAGUCAAGGAUUAUCUCGGUCUAAUGUCCGCCGUAGACAAUCCAACGCCAGCUGGCAAAGCGGCAUCGUUCAUAAGUCUAACCGAUAACAAGGUAUAUGUUGAGUUUGAAAUUGUUAGCAAACGCCUGCGACGGCGCGUCUUGGAGGCAGUGGCUCGGGAACGGCACGGGGACGACGGCGUGAGGAUUGUGCGCCUACUCCUAGAUAUUGGAAAGAUGGAUGAGAAGCAGAUAGCGAAGGUGGCCAUGAUGCCAAAUAACAUUGUUCGGCCACUCCUAGCGGCGCUGUCAUCCGACUUCUUGAUCUCAACUCAAGAGGUACCCAGAAGCGCUGAUCGUAAUCCCACUCGGACAUUUUAUCUAUGGCACGUUGAUCUACACAAGGCGUAUUCUGCGCUAUUAGGAAACCUGUACAAGACGCUGUAUAACGUAGGCAUGCGGCGACAGGCAGAACAAGAGGAACCGACUGUGAAAGCGGUGCUGGCAAAGCGGGAACGGACGGAUGUGGCUCAGGAUGAAAACUUAUUGUCGCGGAUGGAGCGAGAUGUGCUUAAGGAGUGGGAGACGAAACGGGAGAAGCUCACUGUACUGGAGAUGAGGGUGGAAGAAGCCGUAUUUAUCCUUAGGGAUCUUGACAAGGUUGGAAGCCAUGAGGACAUUUGAAUAAAAUAAUAUUUAC